CAACAUCCUUCCUCUUCACCCCCGAUGCCAGGGUAUGUGUGCCACCGUGCCUUGACUUGGGCUCUUCUAUUCAGAGUUCACCCAUUCUUCUGAUUCAGUCAUCGGCUCUCUCGUGAGAGAGUGGGUCAGAUACCUAUACUACUCCCUCUCCCUCCCCGCAUGCCCUAAUUCCAACCGGCCAAACACCCUGUACAUCCACCAUCCAGCACCUCUCCGCCUAAGGAGACACCAUGGUGACCGUUUCGACCUCUGCCAUCUUAGAUUAACCCUACGCGACUAUUUCCCUUCCCACUAGACUCCAGCAAUGGCUGCUAAUUACUGGGCGUCGACGCAACGUCGACACUGGCUCUUCUCGCGAGAGAAGCUAGCAGAGAUCCGGGACAGCUUUAGAGAAAGGGACAAGGUCGCCCACACCCAAUUUCCUUUGCCGGAUCAGAGGUUGCUGAAUAUCUAUUUCAGUCAACAACUCAUAAAGCUGGGCAAGAGGAUGUCGACUAGACAGCAAGCACUGGCAACAGCCCAGGUCUAUGUCAAGCGAUUCUACACCAAAAACGAAAUAAGACACACAAACCCGUAUCUGGUUGUUACCACGGCCUUCUAUCUUGCCUGUAAAAUGGAGGAAUGCCCCCAGCACAUUCGCUUUGUCGUGGGAGAAGCCAGAGGUCUCUGGCCAGAGUUUAUUGCCCCUGAUGUGUCGAAACUCGGAGAGUGCGAGUUCUCCUUGAUCUCGGAGAUGAACUCCCAGCUCAUUGUUCACCACCCAUAUCGGACUUUAUCCGAGCUUCAACCAGAUCUAUCACUUACUUCCGAUGAAGUUGCUCUUGCGUGGUCUGUGAUCAACGAUCACUAUCUCACCGACUUGCCGCUGCUAUAUCCGCCUCACGUCAUUGCCGUUAUGGCAAUUAUCCUUGCGGUGGUUUUCAAGCCAAGCCAGACGAGUUUCCACGGAUCAGCGGCACCGCUGGCCAGCGCAAUGCGCGACGGAGGCAUGAACAUCCUUGCAGCAUUGGGAGAUAAGAACGGCAACGGGCCGCCUCCCCGAAUCCAAAAGCUCACAGCAUGGCUCGCUGAGAGCGAGGUGGACAUCAAAGCCGUCAUUGAGUGUACACAAGAGCUGGUGUCGCUGUACGAGGUUUGGGAACAGUACAGCGAAAAGCACUGUAAAGAGCUUCUUGGUCGAAUGGUCAAGAGCAAGAAUCUGGACAAAUGAACAUACCCGGUCCAUGCAUUUACAUAGGGUUUCAAGCGGCGUUCAAAGGGUUUAGUUUUACGGAAGCAUGUCUGCGAGCGAGAUUCGGUUUGAUAUUUCGGUUUUAGCUGGUUCCAGAUGAUUUAACAGGGUUGCAUUAUAAGCAGAUGGAUGGCACAGGGGAAAGGGUAUAAGAGAUUCCCAGAUAAGCGAACAAAGCAAAUCACCAGGGAAACAAACAUCCGUCAUUCCAGCUCAAUCUUAAGCAACACAUUGGCGGUUGCCUUGGUCGGCUAC